GGUGACAUGAAGCAUUUCUUGGUUCCUAUUUUUGGGCAGCCCAUGCGAGGCCCCCCGUACUCCGUAAAAAUUCAAGUUUUGAACCUUAUCAACACCUAUCGCCGGCAGGGAUCUAGACUGUGGAUAUUCGACUGCCAAGGCAAUAUCGCAGGUCUGGAUUUGCACAGGGCAGCACGGGGCUGGAAGAUGUGCUGUGGCUAUAGUUCUUCAGGCGCCGCAACUUUGCGCCACAGCUAUUAUUUCUGGCGUUCAAUGCGACCGCGACGAGGCUGAAAACUUGGACCAUUCAACCUUCGCAGCCUCAUGAAUUGACAUCGAUAUCAUUUUCCUCAAUCGAUCUAGUCAACAGCGAGGUUGACACCCAAUACCCUCCAAGAUGUCAGUCCUCCUCGAAACGAGCGCAGGCGACAUUGUCAUCGACCUGCUAGUCGACUACGCCCCUAAAGAAUGCGAGAACUUCCUCAAGCUCUGCAAGCUGAAAUACUACAACUUCUCGCCCAUCCACUCCAUCCGCCCCUCCUUCUCCUUUCAAACAGGCGACCCCCUCGGCCCCUUCUCCACUGCCUCCGAUGGCGGUUCCUCCGUCUGGGGCCUUUUGGCUUCAUCAGCGGCGAAACGUACCUUCCCCGCGACCUUCCACCCCAAACUCAAGCACAUCGAGCGCGGCACCGUGUCCAUGGCCACGGUACCCCAUCCGUCGGAUCCUGAAGUAAAACUCGCGGGGAGCCAGUUCAUCGUUACGCUGGGGGAGAAUACUGAUUAUCUCGAUGGCAAGGUGGCGAUAUUCGGGAAGGUGGUUGAGGGGUUCGAUGCGCUCGAGAAGAUUGAUAAGGCGAUUACGGAUAAAGAUGGCCAUCCGCUCGUUGACAUGCGCAUCAAACACACGAUAAUCCUCGACGAUCCUUAUCCAGACCCCCCUUCACUGCGCGAGCCGUCCGCUUCUCCGCCGCCGAGCAAGGCGCAACUUGCAACGGUGCGGAUACCGGAAGAUGCCGACCUAGACGCCGAAGUAGAUGAAGAAGCUGCUGAGAAAAAGCGACGGGAGACGGAAGCGCGGGCGCAAGCUCUGACACUGGAAAUGAUGGGCGAUCUACCAUUCGCCGAAGUCAAACCGCCGGAGAACAUCCUAUUCGUGUGCAAGCUGAACCCCGUCACGACGGACGCCGACCUUGAGCUCAUAUUCUCGCGCUUCGGAAAGAUCCUAUCGUGCGAGGUUAUCCGGGACAAGAAAACGGGGGAUAGUCUACAGUAUGCCUUCAUCGAGUUUGACGAGAAGGACGGCGCGGAGAAGGCGUAUUUCAAGAUGCAGGACGUGCUGAUUGAUGAUCGGAGGAUCCAUGUCGAUUUCUCGCAGAGUGUGAGUAAAUUGAGUGACGUGUGGCGGAAUGGGGAGAAUACGAAGAGAAAGCAGGGUGGUGGUGGUGGUGGUGGUGGUGGUGGAUGGGGUGGAGUGGAAAAUCUGGAGAAGUGGAGGAAGUAUCGGGUUGAUGGUGGGAGGGCGGAGAGGGAUGAUGGGUAUGGCAUGGUGUACGGCGAUGAGGAGAUGAAGGGGAGACAUGCGAGGCAACGUGAUAAGGACGGAAGAGGGGAUGAGGAUGAGCCUCCAAGACGCGAUGAAUGUGGUCGUGGUGGUAGUGAUAGGGACUGGGAAAGGGAGUCCCGUAGGCGGAGUCGCAGCAGGAGUCGAAGUCCCAGGAGGGAAAAGCCAUAUGACAGUACCAGGGGUCGAGACCGGUGGGGUAGCGACAAUGACCGCCGGCCUCGUCAUGAUGAUAGGGAUCGUAGGGAUCGUGGCGGUGAUAGAGACAGGGGACGUGAUAGGCGGUACGAUGACUAUUGA